AACCGAGUGAAAGGGGUUGACCGGACCUGCCCAUAGCAAAUGUCUUCUGUGUGAACUUGUGUUGCUGUUAGAUAGUUUCAGACCCUUCCAGCAGCUGACUUCUCCUCUGGCUUCUCUGUUAGACAGACAGAAGGCUAAAACUCAAGAUGAGGGUUUGGAUCUUCUUCCUGUUCUGCCUCGCUGGCAAGACUCUGGCUGCUCCAACCGAAGAGGAGCCAGUUGUUGAAGAGGAGCUGGAAGUGGGAGUCAACCCAGUCCAGGUGGAGACCGGAGAGUUUGAUGAGGCCAUUGAAGUUGUGGAGGAUGUUAUUGCUGAGAUUUUCCCUACAGAUCCCUGCCUAAACCAUCACUGCAAGAAAGGCAAGGUGUGUGAGGUUGAUGAAAGCAACCAGCCCAUGUGUGUGUGCCAGGACCCCUUGACCUGCCCCGCCCCAGUUGGAGAUUUCGAGCAUGUGUGUGGCACUGACAACAAGACCUACGAGUCCCCCUGCCACUUCUUUGCCACCAAAUGCGCUCUGGAGGGCACAAAGAAGGGCCACAAGCUGCACCUGGACUACAUCGGACCCUGCAAAUACAUCGCCCCCUGCUUGGAAAACGAGCUGAAUGAGUUUCCCCUGCGCAUGAGGGACUGGCUGAAGAACGUGCUGGUGACCCUGUACGAGCGCGAUGAAGACAAUAACCUGCUCACCGAGAAGCAGAAACUCAGAGUGAAGAAGAUUUACGAGAACGAGAAGAGGCUGCAGGCCGGUGAUCACUCUCUGGACCUUCUGGCCCUGGACUUUGAAAAGAACUACAACAUGUACAUCUUCCCCGUCCACUGGCAGUUUGGCCAGCUUGACCAGCACCCUGUUGACGGGUUCCUGUCUCACACCGAGCUGGCCCCUCUGCGCGCUCCUCUCAUCCCAAUGGAGCACUGCACCACCAGCUUCUUCGAGCAGUGCGAUGCUGACCAAGACAAGUACAUCGCUCUCGAGGAGUGGGCCAACUGCUUUGGAAUCAAAGAGCAGGACAUCGACAAGGACCUUGUCAUCUAAGCGCGUCUACCAUUGACGCUUCCUAGUUACUAUUGGGGCGAGGUGCUAACCCUUAAGUUAAAAUCAAAGUAAAGGUGCUAAUUGCGAUUUCUAACAACCUGCAUAUACCACUAAACAUUCAUAAUGUUUAAAAAAAAAGUGCACAAUCCACACGGUAACUAUCACAAUGAGUGAUUGAACACUGCCCAUUUUUAAGUUGGUAAAACAAAUGUUGGACAGGCUGUAUUAAAGAGUGAGUUAAAUAUGAUGAACUAUGUAUGUUGCAAAAACACUUUUUUUUUGCUUUGGAAAUGGAUCCACAAAUGUUUUUUUUUUUUUUUUUAACUCAGAAUCAGGGCUUGAAUUGUAAGUUUGGAGUUGGUGGAAAUGUACAAAAACAAAAUAAAGUUUCCAAAUAAAUGUUCUUUCUGCUUGCUUUAUAAACUUUUAGUUUUGUUUGUUGCACUCUGUGGUGGUGGAUUUAUUGUUUUGAUUUCUUUAUUAAAUCUGAAAACGUCUUUUAAUUUGAGCCCUGAACAUCUACAGGCUGAUGUUUUUAUUUGCAUAUUGUUUCCUGUCAGAAAUCAGGGCCAAAUGUUGAGUGUUUUAAAAGCUGAAUAAUAAAAGGAAAUAUGAUUUGAAUUCAAGAGGACAGAAUCUCGCAGGAUGAGAUUUAUUUUUUUCUCUCCCUCUAACAUGUUCACAUACAUUUGCCACAAUGUGAGCACUAUGAAUCUUUUUACAAAAAUAAAAGCUACUGAAAUUUCCAAACUCAA